UAAACGUAGAUGUUAGUUCUACAUAUUGCCAACUCAGUUGCUUGUUGUUGUGAUACUAUGUGACUCAUAUUAGCCUGAUUAUAUUUACUUGGAUUCUAUAAUUUCAUACAAGCAAAUACAAUACACAUUAUGCAAGGAUUUGCAGUUAAAAAAAUGUUUCAUGUUUCGCAAACUUGUUUUAAAGUGUAUUAGGAAUAACACUAGAAGGAAGCAGAUCACGUGAAUGAUGCAAAGCGAGGCUGUUAGAUAUAAACAAGGGGCGCCCGAACCAUCACUAAGAGGGCAAUGUUGGCUCUACUAUCGCAUAUUUUGGGCAUUUAUAUGUUGCUGUUUACCGGGCCAGACAAAGUUCGUAAAGAUUGGAGUAUUUUGGGGAUGGACAGUGAUUGCAACAAUAUCAACUGUUUUGUUAGUGAGAUUGGCUAUAUUUGGAACUGACUACCCUACGUCCUCACCAGGAGAUAUGAGAUUAGUUCAUAAAGUAACUAACGUCAUGUGUAAAGGGAUAACAAUAACUAAUGAACAUGAGGACAAUGUUUUCGUAUACAGCAUGCUUGGAGAGCCACCUAUUAAACCAAAUAAAAAAUUCCAGAGCUUCGAACGUAACUCGAUGGUCGAUACUUAUGAUGUUCCAGUUUAUUGGAACUUUUAUUUAUUAACAGGAUCUGAAAUGAGAAUUACGACAACUGUGGACACAGCUGUUGAAUUUAUGAUAUUACAAGGGAAAGAAAAACUUGAUAAAUUUCUUGGUAAGAAAAAGGAAAAGUGUAACAAUAAUUGUCAUCUCCAAGACCACUUGUACACCACAGGCAAUCAUUUUACAGACAUGACUACGUCAACAAAUGAUGAUUAUUACUUCCUGUAUCGCCGUACGGACCGAUCAGAGUCCGCAAAAUCUGAUGCUGAAUUCAGCAACAUUGAUGUAAGAUUUGACGUAAACAGGACAGUGUAUGACUUAUCAAAUGCUACAAUUGUGUGUACACUAUCAACAACCCAAGGUCAAACUUCAUCAUGUUAUACAGCAUUGCCUUUGACUGAUGAUCUACGAACUAUUAUGUCAUAUGAUGAGAUGUCCGAUGCAGAAGCUAUUAAAGUUAUAACUGAAUGUGAUGCACGGAUAGGAUUCUACAUUCUCUUUUUCCUAGCAAUCCCGCUUGUGUGCGGAGGAAUUAUAACGGGACUUAUGAUAUUGUUUUGUAAAGACAACAAAGAUAUGUCAUCAAAUAAUAAUGUUUGGCCUGACAGAAAUUCCCAGACUAAAAACUGAUGUUUAGCCACACAUCUCACAUUAGCUGAACUUCAUGUUAAUCAAUGCCAAACUAUAUAAAGGACAAUUAUACUUAUUGGUACAUAUAUACAUAUAUUAAGAUAAACUAUAACUGCUGUAAAUAUUGUACAUACAAAAUUUUUUUUUUUUGCUCACUAAAUUAUAAAACCUUACAAUGUCAAUUAAAACUUUUCAAUGUACAAAGAAAUCAUUUGACCGCUUUGAGAACAUAAAAAUGAUUUAAAGUUUAAAUUAAAAGUUAAAGCUAGGAUGUAAACAAAGAUUACAUUCUUUUACGAAAAAUGGUGGCCAUUU